GAACUUUGUACUGUUGCCAAUGUAAAGGCAGCGUUACCCACCGAUUGGACUUUUGCUGGAAUACCAUGGUUUCUUCGCUUAAAUCAGCAAAUGUUAUUUAUAAUGCAACCGAUUCCGUCUUAGGAGGUGGAGGUACAACCGGUCCUUGGACCUAUUGUAACGCAACCGUCUACUAUACCCACACUGCUUAUUCGCUCUCUAUCGAUCCACUUGGUGGUCUUACAUAUGGAGCCGUUGGGGGCAUGAUUUCUGCUGGCUAUGAUAAUGCGAACUCGGCCUAUGAUGAAGUAGCCUUGCUUGCAAAUGGAACAAUUGACUGGCCUGCUACUGCUGUCUACGGCAUGUCCGCCGACACCAAGCUUUACACCUAUCUCGAAGGGUGUUCCGAUAGUGGGCGUCAAGGUAUGAGUCAAGUUCAACGUUGGGGUGGAGAGUAUGAUGACGGUGCCAUCACUGGUGCCCCUGCAUUCCGCUAUGGUCAGCAGCAAACUGCCCAUAUGUUUCCGGUUGUCGUGGAGCAGACUUUGAACUAUUAUCCCCCUCCAUGCGAAUUGGAUCAAAUUGUCACUGCUAUCAUUGCUGCAUGUGAUCCACUUAAUGGAAGAACGGAUGGUGUUAUAUUUCUCGCUCAGAUCUAUGUUCACUCGAAUUCGAUUUUUACUCAAUUUUCGGACAAUCUUACUACUGUGCUGCCCAAAAUACCACAUACCUUGGUCUUGGUUUCAGAAAGCGGCAGAUUGCCGGUAGCACGACUACUUACCAACCAGCGCAAAAUGUAAUUGUGAGUGCCGGGGAUGUCGAUGUUGCUAAAGCUAUUUACCACGGUCUUUUCAACUCUAAAGGUCAACGUGCUUAUUUCUCUUGGCAAAUUAAUCA